GUUUCCUCACUCUCUUAAUCCUCUUCGUCAUAAAUCAUAUAUCUGCGGUAAAUAUAUUCAUAUUCUUGUCUCGUUGGCUUUGAAGCGUUAUCGGCCGUUGGCAUUUUCCCUCUCGGAGAGCCUCAAUCGCCCUCUCGCUCUGAUGAGUCGCUGCUAACUGCCCGCCGCGGCUUGAUUGCGCAGCGGCGGCUAGCAUGCUAAGAAGCUACCGCGCCGAAAGCCGCGGCGCCAUGUUGCCUGGUUGCCAUUUAAUGAUAAAAAUGACGGAAGAUGGCUAAUGUGCUAACCGCGAGCGAGCUAACUGGCUCCAGACCGACAACCCGGAUUAGUCAUCUGACAACCGCUAGCAUGUUAAGUCGCUGGAGAUUGUCGUCUGUGUCUCUCAAUGCGCUUUUAGUGUUGAAAUGAGAUGUGACGCAGACCUCGCGGUUGAAACGCGGCGUGCCAUCGGCGGUUUUGUUUCCGUCGACGAUCGUGUCGGUGAGUCGCGUGACCCUCGCGACGCCUCGAAAGUUGUCAAAGCGCUGGCCGGCGUUGUCAUGUCAAACUCGUCGCAAUGACAUCAUCGCGACGCGGCGGCCGAUUAGCUCAUCAAUUCUUUGAUGUCGGACGCCGCGCUUUGGAAGGCGAUGUCACAGAGAAAGGACGGCGGUCGCGCUUCCCCCGUCUUUGAGGUGCAAACGAGCUUGAGCGGGUGCAUGAUGAUGACGACGACGGAAACGACGACAACAGGACAACAAUGUGCAUUACGUCAGACCUCCAGCCCGACCUCGUCGCAUCACGUUCGGCUCGGGCGUCAGCAAAAAGCCCAAAAUGAAUCAGACCGACGACUUAAAGAUGUUCAAAGGGGUGACCCUGGGCGGGGUCCACACGGUGGAGGACGUCCUCGGCGAGGGCACCUUCGGCGUGGUGGUCAAGUGCCGCAACACCGAGACCAACGCCAUGGUGGCCGUCAAGGUUUUCAAGAACCACCAGAACUCUGUGAACAACGCCAAGGAGGAGAUCUCCGUUCUGAAGCAGCUGUGGCGCCUGGAUCCCGACGAGUGCAACAUCGUGCGCUGGGAGGGCUUCUUCUUCCACAAAGAGAACAUCUGCCUCAAUUUUGAGCUGCUCGACCAGAACCUGCGCGAGUUCAUGCAGCAUCACUGCCCGCUUUCCAUCCAGCAAGUCCGGCCCGUGGUGCACCAAUUGGCCACCGCGCUGUCCCACAUGAGCGGCAUGGGCCUCGUCCACGCCGACAUCAAACCCGAGAACAUCAUGGUCGUGGACCGGCGCCGGCGCCCGCUCAAAGUCAAGCUGGCCGACUUCGGCCUGGCCAAAAACGUCUCGGACAUCGUGCCGGGAGAUUGCGUGCAGACGCUGUGGUACCGGGCGCCCGAAGUCAUUCUGGGGAUUCCCUUCAAUGAGACGGUGGACGUGUGGUCCCUGGGACUGGUCGCCGUGGAGCUCGCCGCCGGCCAGCCGCUGUAUCCCGGGAGGACCGAGUACGACGUUUUGAACUUGGUCGCCAACACUCAGGGACAGCCGGCGGAUCACGUGCUGGACCGCGGAAAGGAAGUGGGUCAGUACUUUGACAAGGAGUGCGACGGGCUACACAGGUGGAAGCUCAAGUCGCCCGAACAGUUCGCCAAGGAGACGGGAUGCCAGCCCAAAGGCGGGAGAUCUCUGCUGCUCAACUCCCUGGAUGAGUUGAAGCUGGUCACGGCGGACGCCGCGGGACAGCGACGCAGCGAGCGGCUCUUUGUCCGGCUGGUGAAGAAGAUGCUGGACCUGGAUCCCAACCUGAGGGUCAACUCCCAAAAGGUUCUGCUGCAUCCUUUCUUCCAUUGCUGCCUUUCUUGCAGCCGCCAGUCCAAGUGCUCCGGGGACAAACGGUCCGACGAGGAGACGCCUUGCCAAGCGGAAGAACUGUCGUCGUCGUCGUCGUCGUCGUCGUCGUUGACGACAUCCCAGAUCGACUCCCUCACUGCCGACGCCCGCCCGACCCCGCACGAUCCCGUCCCCUCGGAGGACCCCAAGAUGCAUGCCAGCAACGGUACCUGCCUGGGAAGGUUAUCCAAAAAGAUUGUCUCCGCCUUGCGGAAAAUCACCAUCGUUUUUGCCAAGAUCAAACUCUGACCCCACCCCACCCCCUUUCCGAAGCACGGUUUAUUCCCGCAACUCUGCUCAGGAUUUCUGAAGGUGAUCUGGAAUUGCCUCCAGUGAGAUGACGGAGGCGGAGCCGCCAGUAGACUUUGCACGAUCUGAUUGGCCGGAUGGAAAAAAUCGCGUCCUAAUUUAAUCCAACUCAGACAUUAGAGCAAACGCAAUCUCGCUCACUCCGGGAUCCGUCCUUGAACCCAAAAGCUGAUCCGUCUUCAGCCUUGUCACGUGUGGGUUGUGACCGGAACCCCCCCACACCCCCCGAUUGCGGCUAGAUUAGCCCAAGCGAGUUUCCUUUGUCGGCUUGCCCUUGCAAAUAAAGUGGGAAGUUCAUUCAUGGGUGAGGGUGUGACAGUCGACUCGGUGGAACGCCGGCACCGGGUUAGGAUUCCUCCCGGGUGCCUCCCUAGCGAGGUAGCGAGAGACGAGGCCCCACAACUUGCUGGAGAGACCCUCUGUGGCCUCACUCCUGGACCGAGUGGCUGAGGAGAAGCAAGCCUUGGCCACGGUU